AUGCGAAGGACUCUGGGGACAUCUGCGUCGUUCUGGGGUCCUGGCUCUAUCACUCCCGUUCCAUUUAUAUCUACCCCGCUUACACAACGCGUAUUUAAGGGGCGUUCGGGUGCUGCUGUAGAUACCCCAAAUCACCGAGGGACCCCAGUCCUACAACGAUCCUCCAACCCCAAUCCCACCAACGGGACCCCAGCCAGUUGUGGACCCCAGCCACACCAUAGAACCCCAACCUCCUUCGUGGGACCCCAACCCCAUCAACGAUCCCCAAACCCCCUACGGAACUCCAACCUCACAACGGUCACCCUAACAUCGCGGGACCCAACCUCACCACGGACCCCACCCCCACCAAGGGACCCCAACCCACCAAGGGACCCCACCCCCACCAAGGGACCCCCCCCACCCCCCAACUCCACCAAGGGACCCCAACCCCACCGUGGAUCACAACCCCAUGAUAGGACACCAACCCCACGGGUCCCCAACCCCAUUAUAGGACCCCAACCCACAACGACCUCCCAAACCCCAACCCCAUCAUAG